GUGAGAAUAUUUUUAACCUUCGGAUAAUUGUUAACUAUUCAAUAAUAACGCGCAUUGUAAAAGUUAAUGUCUGUUAUAAAAAGACUUUACUGUGUCUUGGUCUGACGUAGAAUCGCACAAAAAAUGUGUAAAUGAUUGUAAUUUGUGAGCAUUUAGUAUGCACCAGACUGUACUAUUAAGUGACAUCAAUAGGCCACAGACUUUGCUUUUACUUUUAUCUCUGGGAAAAUUCUAAUUUGGCCAUAAUAAUAAUAAUAAUAGGGUGAGAAAAACGUGACCAAAUAUCGAGACGUAAUCACAUAUUAUAAUUUAUUUAUUUUUGAUGAAAUACAGCGUAAAAACAUGUAACCAGUUCCGGGAUUAGAUAAUAUUUUUGAACAGAAAAAUCUCAUUGGCCUUGAAUUUGGUCACUUUGACUUGAUGAGAUCGUUUUUUGUUCUUGCUCAUCUUCAACAUAACCAGCAGUUUCCAAAAUUUACGUAUUCUUAACAAUUAAUCAAUCUUGAUUGAGUCGUCUUAACAUAAAACAAAUUAUUUUCGUCAUAAAUUAUCGACUUGUAAACAAAAUGAUUUUUCGUCGAAUUAGCACCAGGAUUAAAUAAUUAAAAAUUAAUAAAAUGAGUCAUAGGAAAAUUCAGGGCUUUUAACACUCCGUAGGUAAUAAUUCUAGGAUCAUCCGUGACCGUAUAGGUCAAGGGUAACGGCUGAGAAAUUUAAAAUAAUUCAUCUCAAAUUGCCAUGAUGUCAAAACGUCCGGCUCGUGUCACGAGCCGCCAAAUUCUUCGUAAUGGGUAACACAUUUUUUUGUAACAGAUGUGAUAUUGAUAAAUUUAACUUAUCACGGGCUUGUGUCGACCAAUUCCUUAAUGACGAGUCCGACAAUAAAUUAUCGUUUGAAGAUCGUUGGAUGGCAAAAUUGAAGUGUCUGGAUGAUGUCCACAGCAAACAGAAUGGUUUAACUGAAGAAGCUUUCAAUGAAAUGGUGGAUAAAUUGGAAAAGAAACUCAAAUCGAAAAAUAUACCUGUUUAUUGCAGGAAUCGGGAAUUAUUGUUAGAGUGUCUGGGGCGCAAUCCCAACUGUAUGUUGAAUUGUAAAAAAGAAAUGGAUGAGUUCAUUGACUGUGUUGAUGCGUUGCGAGUGCGACGUAUCAAAGAACGUAUCCAAGACUCAAUGCACAAGAAAAAACUCGACUUAGACGCAUUAGUCAAAAGCUAAAUUAUCGCUUUUCUAAACUUUUAAACUUGGCCUCUAACCGUUUCGAGUACGCGUCCAAUUUGUAUGCAGCUUGUUCUAAUUUCACUACACUGUCCUCAAUUUGAUCAAUUUGUUGCAAGUAUGGCUGCAGAGAAUUGUCUAAAAAUUAGUAAUAAAUCAGUGGUACAAAAUAGAAAAUUCAGGUUA